AUGGGGGUUACCGACGAUGACUUCGAUGAUCAUGUCAUUGCAGCCGUCGACAUGAAGGACUACAGUACCGUCGGAUGCGCCUACUAUUCGGCCGCAGAAGAGAAAAUGUAUCUGCUCGGUGACAGCCGCUCUGGGGUGCUGCUCCAGAUCAAACCAACGGUGGUCUUGAUACCUCCUCGUGUUGAUUUAGAUGUGCAGAAUCAGAACCAGAACCUGGCACAGGAAGACGUUUCAUCUGCAUAUCUUCCCUACCAGAUAGACGUUCGUCCAACAUCGGAGUUCAGCUAUUCAAAUGCAGAAAGCAAACUUCUUGCACUAAAAAUCUCGUCUAAUCACGAGGAACGCAUCCGAUUCUUCGUACCCCAAGACGGUCUUGAAGGCCCUGAAGAGGUGAAUCCAGAAGAGAUGGGUUUCACCCUUCAAGAAGGAAGACUGUUACACAUUUCCAGCACUAUCGACAUGGAAAAUCCAGUAACCAUCGGUUGCGCAGGAGCCAUACUCCAAUACCUCCAGCGGCGGAGGUCAUCAGCGCCGAGCCCUCUCGGAGGUGGCAACGAAUAUCGAGUGCGAGUGCUGCAAAUGUUCAAUAUUCGAGAUACAAUGUGGAUUAACAACAACACAUUCACUUCACUGCAGAUCAUCCAACCGGAAUCGCACCCGAACAUGUUUAAUCAAGGUCCGGGCAAGAAAUCGGCUUCGGGAAAAGAGGGACUUUCUGUCUAUGGUCUCUUUCGCCGUUUUGCGUAUACCCCUCAGGGUAGAGCAAAGCUCAGACAGACAUUCCUUCGUCCGAGUUUGGAUCUAGAUAUCAUUCGUGAACGGCAUGAUUUUAUCGGUGUCUUUUCGCGACCCGACAAUCUUGCGGCGCUGGACAAAAUGACCAAAGCGUUGAAGCAUGUCAAGAAUUUGAGACUUGUUAUGGUCAAUAUUUGCAAGGGAGUUAGUACUGGCAGUGGGAAGAUUACUGGGUUCAAAACUACAGUUUGGGCUAGUCUACUUGCUUUCGCGUUCUACUCCAUCGACAUCCAGGAUGCGCUACAGGAUGUCUCCGGGGCAGAGAUCCUAGCCCUCCGAACCAAGGCUCUCCGCGUGUUUGAAGCAGCACAGCUAUACAGGGUGGGCCGCAUGAUCCAAGAAAUUGUUGACAUCGACAACUCCGAGGAACAAGGAAGAACAGUGGUCAAACAGGGGAUUGACAGAGAGCUUGACAGAAUCAAGGACAGAUAUGAUGGUCUCAACAGUCUUCUCAAGCACGUUGCCCUCGACAUCGCCGCGACUAUCCCGGAAGUCCUCGAUCUCGACGUCAACGUUAUCUAUUUUCCUCAGCUCGGGUUCAAUAUUACCAUUCCACUCGAUGACAAUGGCGUGGCAGCAUACAGUGGCGCCGACAAUGAGUGGGAUUUGAUGUUCAUCACAGAGAACCGGGGGUAUUUCAAGGACUAUCGCAUGAGAGAGAUGGACGAGAAGCUGGGAGAUAUUUACGGCCUCAUCUGUGAGAAAGAAAUUGAGAUUGUAUACGACUUGGCUCAGAGGGUUCUUCGAUAUGAAAAUGUGCUUGUCGAUGCGUCUGAUGUCUGUGGAGAGCUGGACAGCCUUCUUGCCCUCACGCAGGGAGCCAGUUUCUAUAAGCUGACUCGGCCACGAAUGGUUCAAGACAAUGUCAUCAUGAUCAAGGGCGGGCGACACCUGCUCCAAGAAAUGACAGUGCCGUCAUAUGUCCCGAAUGACACAUUUCUCGUUGGUGGAAGUGAGGACCCAGACACCAAUGGAUUAUCUACGUCUUCAGAUAAUAAUCCCAGCAUGCUGGUUUUGACUGGUCCAAACUACUCGGGAAAAAGUGUCUACAUGAAGCAGGUAGCUCUGAUUGUUUUUCUAGCACAGAUCGGAAGCUUUGUUCCUGCAGAUACCGCGGAACUGGGAAUCACUGACAAGAUUUUGACCAAAAUUAACACUCAAGAGAGUGUCUCCAAGAUCCAAAGCACCUUCAUGAAUGACUUACAGCAAAUCUCGCUCUGUCUGAAAGAAGUCACGGGACGCAGCCUGGUAAUCAUCGAUGAAUUUGGCAAAGGAACUAACGAGAGCGAUGGCAUCGGCCUUGCCUGUGGAAUCCUCGAGUAUCUACUGAAUCUUGAAACUGCUUCCAAGAUCAUCGCAGCGACCCACUUCCAUGAGAUCUUCGAGAAUGAUUUUCUUGUACUGCGGCCACGGCUACAACUUGGACACAUGGAGGUCCGGGUUGAUCAGGAAGUUCAACAAGUUGAGGACCAAGUCACAUAUCUUUACAACUUUCGUCACGGGCGAAGUAACAAGAGCUUCGGUACAAUCUGCGCGGCUAUCAAUGGUAUCGAUUCAGCCAUCGUUUCUCGUGCAAACGAGAUCGAAUGCCUCUUGGCUCGAGGCGAGAACAUACUCGCUGCAUGCGCAGUUUUGUCUCCAAAAGAGGUGGAAGAGCUAGAGCAAGCUCUCCGUCGUAAGGACUCACUCGCAAGAAGAUUCCUGGAGAUUGAUUUCUCAGAAGGGGGCUCAGACAACAGUACGAAGACGGUAUUCGAACGCUUAUUUGAAGCUUCCGGGCAAUGA